UUUCGCCAAUCGCCAUACAAAUAUUUUUCCAAAGGCUUACUGUGUGUGAUUAAUAAUAUUGGGGAAAAUAAUAUAAAUUUUGGUGAUUUAAUAAUUAGUUAUCUAUUUAUUUAAGUUGCUAUACAAUACCUGCAACCAUGUUAACAUUUCGCCCCAAAUUGGGGAGUGAACAAGGCAAGGAGUGGCGCUGCUGCUUCUGUUUACAUGUCCGCACUGGAUGUAUACUGUUGGGAUCAUGGCACCUUAUACUGCAUUUGGUGGCGUUAGGUUUUCUGGCGGCGAUUGUACGUGAUCCAAAUCUACUGGAUGAGCUGGAGCGCGACUCCAUAAAAGAUUGGCGUCCGAUGUACGGAGAUGCUAUGCCUACACCCCUGUCCAAUGUGGAAGCCCGUCCGACCGCGCAUCAGCAAUAUGGACAACUGCCGAGAGAUCACAGCUUAAUAUACCAUGACGUGGACAUGGGAGCCCUGGUGACGGUGUGCACGCUGGCCAUCACUCUCAUGCUGAUCUACGGAGCUGCUCGGGGGAAGCCCGCACAUCUGCUGCCCUUCUUCUGUCUCCAGAUAUUCGACUUUGCUAUCACUGUGCUAACGGCGAUGGGCUACAUGUGCUACCUGCGCUCGAUGCAUAGCCUGGUGCGGGAGGCGCCGCGCGUGCCGUGGCGCGACCAGCUGCUGGCGCUGCCGCCCCCCGCGCUCGCUUUCGUCGUGCUGUGCGCUUUCGUGCUGGCCGUCGUCGUUAAGCUAUACUGGAUCGGCGUCGUGUGGCGCUGCUACAAGUACCUGACAAUGCGCACGCACGCGCUCGCCCAGCUCACGCCGUUCGUGAUAACCCCCGCCCCCGCGCCGCUCGCCCCGUCCGCCGCCCCGCCCGCGCCCUACACCAGCCUGCUGCCCGACUACGAGGAGGCGGUCAAGCAGACCCCGCCCCCCUCCUACCGUGCCGCCGUCGCACAGGUACAGUUGUUGUGCCGCUAUGGCCGACGACCACGCGCUCGCCCCGCCCCCCGCACCACGCUCGUGACGCGAGACGAGAUGGCAUCCACCAUGCAGCUGGAGUUCACGCAGGCGAUGACGGACUUCAAGACGAUGUUCCCGGACAUGGACGACGACGUCAUCGAGGCGGUGCUCCGCGCGAACCAGGGCGCGGUGGACGCGACCAUCGACCAGCUGCUGGCGAUGAGCACCGACAACCAGAACGAGAGGCUGCGGCUGGAGAUGGAGCGGGUGGAGGCGAGCUCACCGCGCCGCCCCCGCGCCGCCUCAAGAGCUCCCAGCGCCGACGACACCGCCGCGCUCGUAGAUGUAGAGGAUGAAUCAGUUCCUUUGGCGGUGAGAAGAAAAUGGGUUCCUCGGAUGUUGGGGCCUCUUCCUCCGAUGUUCCUGCGGAUACCGCCCGGCACCGACGCCAGGAUCGACCUUAGUCUGGACAUGGAUGACGAGAGGAUCGUGGCCUUUCUCCAAAACGAGGAGUUCAUGGCUGAACUGCGGUGGAACCAGGAGUUCAUAGCGGCCCUCGACAGCGAGCAGGGACACAAGACCAAAUGCCACGACGACGACGCCGCUUUCAAGGAGAGACUGAAGAAUAUGGGAAAAUUAUCCCGGAAGAAGUUCGCGCAGCUGUCGCGAAUGUUCUCCCGCGGGGGGCUAAAGAGAAGCGGCAACGCCCGGACCCCCGCCCGCGGUCCCCCCGAUAGUCUCCUGCUGCAGGAGGAGCACAGCGACGACGAGGACCGCCAGCCGCACCACAUAAAGAUAUAACAGACGGUCCUCGCGCUGGGGUGAAACAUGGCCUUAAUGUGCUGCAGGGCGAUUCGCGAUAUCCGUUCGACUCGGAUUCGAAAACUUUACCGUGUCAUUGGUCGAUGCCUGAUAUGACGAGCGUUUAUUGGAUGUAUGGCGAUGAAGUUUCUGAAUCCGAGCCGAAUUGCGCUUUGCGAAUCUUGGCCCUCGUCAAUUGAUAGGGGCACGGUAUGUAGUGUGUGGAUGGUACAAAAACAUGCUAAGUGGUCUUCCUAAUUCCAAUAUGAAAUACUUUACCUAGUUAGUACUUUUAGGAUUUUUAAUGACAGUGGCGCUUUGCCUCUGUAGUUAACCAUGACCUAACAUAACUAACAAGUAACUUUCCUACUCGAAUGUCUGUUGAGUGUUGAACCGUACUUAUACAGCAUGACUGGUGAGACAUGUUCAAUACUCGAGGACGUGA